UACGUCAAACGUCAAGUGAGUCCACUUAAAACUCCUUCCGCUGCGACCCGCUCAGAAUUAACAUGAUUUAGGAUGAGAAAGUGGACAGCGGAAGAAGAAGCGGGCGAGGGUUGAACUCAAUCCCGGUUGAUGUGUUCCGUGGAACCAUCUAGAAGCAGCGUCGAGCAAUGUGACAUCUGGUUAUUCUUCAGUAUCUCUGAGACUGGAGACCGUGAAAUAGUAUAAUGACGUCAUUUCAAAUUGUUGCUGACUUCGGUUGUUCGUGUCUGAUGUCAACACGUUUGCCAUUUCAAGCUAGCUCAGUAAAAGGUCACGUGCUGGUAGUCCACUCGGCGGGACGGUUAUGAGGCUGCCAGUCGGACACUUGAACACGCCCGACUUGCAUAAAUUCUUGAUGGAUGUUCCGGUCGCCUGGGACUGAAUUGGAGACAACAUGUACGCCGGACGCAAGAGAAGAAAACCGCUCCAGAAAGGAACCAAAUUGACACCAACUGAAGGAGACAAGUCUAACCCAUCUAAACGGCACCGUGACCGUCUUAACUCGGAGCUGGACAGGCUGGCCGGCUUGCUGCCCUUCCCUGAGGAUGUCAUCUCCAGUCUGGACAAACUGUCCAUUUUGAGGCUUAGUGUCAGCUACAUCCGCACCAAAAGAUUCUUAUCAGUGGCGUUGAAAAAACAUCCCUCUAAUGGCAUGAGCCAAAUCACUGACCACCAUGACUGUAAAGUCCCAGAACAGACAGCACGAUGUGUGCCAGAAGGGGAACUGCUACUUGAGGCUCUGAGUGGAUUUGUUUUGGUGAUCACAGCUGAAGGAAUCAUUUUUUACUGCUCUCAUACAAUCCAGGAUUACCUUGGCUUCCAUCAGACAGACGUGAUGAACCACAGCGUGUUGGAGUUGAUCCACACAGAAGACCAGGAAGAGUUCAAGAGGAACCUGGACUGGGCACUAAAGCCUUCCAUUGACCUUGGAUCCCAUUUGGACAUCACAGCAGAUGGAGAGUCCGCUUCCUCCUACUAUAUGAGGUUCAACCCGGAUGAGCUUCCUCCUGAAAACUCGUCCUUCUUGGAGAGAUGUUUUGUGUGUCGUUUUCGCUGCCUACUAGACAAUUCUUCCGGCUUUUUGGCAUUGAGCAUUCAAGGUCGGCUGAAAUUCCUCCACGUGCAGAGUGAACUGCAGUGUGCCAAUAUACCAGGUGCCCCACUUCAGCUCGCUUUGUUUGCCGUCGCCACUCCUCUGCAGUCGCCAGCUAUCCUGGAAAUCAGGACAAAGAACAUGAUCUUCAGAACCAAACAUAAGCUUGACUUCACUCCAAUGGCUUGUGAUGCAAAGGGUAAAAUAGUACUGGGUUACACUGAGGCAGAGCUACGUGUCCGAGGGUCGGGAUACCAGUUCAUCCAUGCUGCCGACAUGUUGCAUUGUGCUGAAAAUCAUGUCAGAAUGAUAAAAACUGGUGAGAGCGGCCUUACAGUCUUCCGGUUACUCACCAAGGACAACAGGUGGAAGUGGGUCCAAGCCAACGCCCGCCUUGUUUACAAGAAUGGCAAACCGGACUACAUUAUUGCCACACAGAGGCCUCUGGUGGAUGAGGAAGGAGGGGAACACCUGAGGAAACGUGCCAUGCACCUUCCCUUCACCUUCGCAACUGGUGAGGCACUUCUCUACCAGACUGGUAACCUGCUUUAUGGCUUUCCAGAACCUCUCACAGACAAAGCCAAAGGCAAGAAGGGAAUCAUGGAAAAGAAGUUCUCAGAGGAUGGACAUCCAAAGUCCUUACUGGAAGCGCUGAUGAGCCAAGAUCAGUCUGUUUAUGUCUGUCAACCAGAUUCAGAGGCUCACAUGUCCUGCCCUUGCAGUACUUUUGGCAAACAGCAAGGUGAGACUGCUGGAUUCGGAAAUGGCUCGCAAAUGAUGGCAAUAUGCAACAGUGAAAAGUCUAUGUGUGACCCACUGUUAACCACCCUGGACUCUCUGUCUCUGGACGGAGAGGAAACAUGCUCCAACAGUGAACUCCUCAGUGCUUUGGAGAACCUCGGUCUCAAUGCUGAGGACCUGGAAGUUUUGCUGUUGGAUGAAAAGAUGAUCGCUGUAGAAAUGGAUUCUAGACAUAUCGCAACACUCUGCGAGCUCACUAACAAUGAUAUCCUCUCAGAAAUUCAUGAUUCAUUUGAGAGUUUGUCAAAUAGAGAAGAACACAAUGACUUUGUUGGGUUUGGACUUUAUGACUUUUCUUCAUACUCUGCUCAAAGUGGCAUCCAACAGGUGCAAGCACACUGUGUACCCACUACCCCCGCCACUCCGUCCUUCAGCGGGCAAGCGCAGCAGCUGCCCAGCAGUACAGGUGGGCUUCGGUUCCUCUCUGGAAGUGUAGACAGCAAUAUCCUUUCUGGAAACAACCACUGGAUGCUUAUGACAGAGAAAGACCACCACCAUGACAACCAUACCCCCCGCCAUUCUUUUGUCAAUGAGGAGAACAAAAACACUAUGUCAACAUUGAACUCAAGUGAGCAUUGGCAGGAAGAGCAGAUGGAAAACAGUCUUACUUUGUUACCAAACUUCCAGAACCUGGACAGUACCUUUACACCUAGUAAACAUACUGCUUUUCUUCAAGAUGUUGACAAUAUCAUAUCAAACACAGCACAUGCGGGUGGCCAAGUUCUAAACGGCACGAAUCUUUGUCCCUAUGAUCAUUUGUUGGACAAUGUGGAGCCAGCCCCACUAGAGGAUCAGCAAUCUCACAAGCUCCAGAAUCUCCCACUCUACACAUCUUUGGCUCCUUCACAGACCGCUGCUUUGGAGCUGGAGCAAUUGGUGACUCUGGCGCAACCUUCGGUCGAGGCCUAUAGUCUGUUCAAUACCAGUAACACCACACAAGGUGCCCACAACCAGCUGGAGAAUGGUUGCCUGCUCAACGUUGCCAAUGCUACCUUCAUCCGGACGUGUCUCAUGUCCAAUGGAAAAAGAGAAGUGGCAGGCAAUAUACAAAUCUCGUGCACUGAUGGACUCCCAGACACUCAAAAGUCAGGAUUUAUCAUCUGACAAGAAGGUACCAAAUUAAGAGAGAGAGACUCUGCACUAUAAGAGAACAGCAUUUCCUAUCUUUUGUCACUACUCAUGAACUGGUUUUACUGUUUGCUCUCAUUGAAUCAGUGUUCGUAACUAGCUUGGAUCUGUGUUCACUUAUUUCUGCUGGAAUGGAAGGUACACACACUUAACUGUACAUACACAUGCUUGUUCUUGAAGUGACUAUAUGAAAAAUCUUGAAAUAGGUCUUAAAAAGACUUGAAUUUACAAGUCUAUAUAAAGUGACUUAAAAAAGCAAUGGAUUUCAACUGGCAGGUCUAAAAUUUAUUUUGCACUGUAUUGAGUGAAAUUGUCAUGGGAAAUGUCCAAGCAGUAAAGAUUACAGGUGUAAAGCAGUAAGAUUACACGUUGCCAUGGAAAUGGCAUUAAAUUAGGUUCUAAGUGGUAUUAAAUGGUCUUUAAAAGUCUUAAACUUCACAUGUUGAAAACUGUGGGAACCCUUUUCUGGUUCAGUCCAGGUGUAACUGACAAUAUUUGCAACUCCUAUUUAGAACGCAUGGAACGGUAUUGUUGCCAUAGUAGAAAAAUAAAUACAAUACGGACACAGCCUUGGACCUGACUGCAAAAUUGAUUUAAAAAGGGAAAAAAACAGGAAGAAAAAUAAUCAGAAAGGCUCCCAAGAGCCAGGCAGCAACAUUGAAUAAGCUUCAGGAAUUUCAAGCCAUUUAAAAGGCGUAAACAUGUGGAAAAAACGUGUCCAAUAAAGCCAUGGAUGUACAACUCCUAGCAAAAAGUAUGGAAUCACCAGUCUCGGACGAGCACUCACUCAGACAUCACCUUGUCCAAUGCAGAUUCUUGACUCUUGACAAAGUGAUGAUGCUGGAACUUUGGUUUGGUGCUGUUCCAGUGAGAUUUACAAGAUGAGUGCCUGAAGAAACAUCAAAAUUCCCUCAGUCCUUGAUGAUAUGCAUGUCAGGCAAAGGCACUGGGGCUGUGGUUAAAUCUUCAAUAAGUGCACAAGUUUACAUUGAAAUUUUAGACAGCUUUCUUAUCCCUUCAAUUGAAAAUAUGUCAUUUUCUAAGAUGACAAUGCAUCAUGCCACAGAGCUAAAACUGUUAAAGCAUUCCGUGGAGAAACUCAUCCAGUCAAUGUCAUAGCCUGCAAAUAGCCCAGAUCUCAACUCUAUUGAAAACCUGAGGUGGAAAUUGAGAAAAAUGGUCCACAGCAAGGCUCUGACCUCCAAGGAUGAUCUGGCAACUGCAAUCAAAGAGAGAGUUGGCACCAAAUUGAUGAAGAAUACUCAUCAAGUCCAUGCCUCAGAGACUGCAAGCUGUCGUAAAAGCCAGAGGUGGAGCUACUAAAUACUAGAUGUGUGUUUUGAUUGUUAUUUCUUUGUUUCUCAUGAUUCUAUUAUAUUUUUUUUCCUCAGAAUGGAGUGAUUCCAUAUACCGUAUAUAUCCCUGCACUUGCUCUAUAAAAGUAACAUUUACUGACCACCACGAUGUUUUUUUGAUUUAUUUUAGUGUUUCUGAAUGCUAAAAACUUGCACUUUUGAACUUUUUUUUAUCAGUUUGUUCUACAUGAUAAAGUGUUUGAGUGAGUGCUCGUCCGAGACUGGUGAUUCCAUACUUUUGCUAGGGGUUGUAAUUGUACCUUUUGGACAUGAUUCAAAAAGGUAUGUUUGUAGAAACCUCAUGGUUCAUCCUCAAAAAGAACAUUAUACUUAAAAUGAGAAUGGUGGUGACAGCUUCACACUUUGAGAUUUGCAGCUAGAACUGUGUGCUUUGUCAAGAUUGAGGUAAAUACGAACAGUUCCAAAUACCGGUGAGUGUUAUCACAAAACCUUCAGGCUUCCGCAGGAAAGCCCAACCCCAAAAAUAAUGAUGUCAGGAAAAACUAGAACAACUAAGCUUUAUUCAAGGUUAAUCAGAGGCACUCUAAAUAGUGGCAGCUGUGUGCUGACUCCAUUUACCAUGAAUUUGAAUGUGAUUGGUGAAUCGUGUGCACACUUAAGGCUGAUUUAUGCUCCUGCGUUGCGGUGAUGGCGGACCUACAGCAUUAACGCAGACCGGAUUAUCGACCCUACGCCAUAGCCUGACGUGCACCUUCAAAAAAUCCUGACUACGCAUCAAGUCAACGCGUCAUGACGUGAAAGUCAAAGGACAGUGAUUGGUCCGCUCACAACGUUGUUUCCGGUUCAGCACAACAACACUGACGUUUUCAAACAUUCGUAAACGUCUUCUGUGUCGCUUACCCUUCAACAUUUGUAUUAACUUUUGUUGUUCAAUAAUGAUUAGCUGCAGCUGCAGAUAUACACGUUCCUUCACUAGGCUUGCCACCUGUCCCUUGAAAUACGGAAUCGCUCCGUAAUUGGGAAUUAAAAGUUGCGUUCCGUACCGAACCAAUACGGGGCGACCCCCUGCGGCAGCGGGGAGGGGUUGGGCGGUGGUGCAACCAGCCUAUGCACGUCUGUCACACACAAACACCUGCACUUAUGAGCCAACAAUAAUGAACAAAAAGGGCAGGAGAUAUCAAAGACAGCAAAAUGGUUAUCUGCCUGCCUGCUGCUGUCUGCCCAACACUGUGAUCCACUUCCAGGUUCGUUGCCUAGUUACCUCGCUCGCUCUGCUCAAUGCACCGCCCCGCGCGUUUUCAAAACAAAGAUGUUUUCAAAAGCAGACGCUCAGUGGCCUAUACUACGAACCGAGUUCAACCUCCCCAGAAGUAAUCCAGUUUACCAUCGGGUAACCGGAGUUGACAAAACCUGGUUGUCUAGUUUGUGGUCAAUCGGUACUACGACGCUGAUUAUGAGGUUGAUUAGUCGAACCUGUGUCAACCCAGUCAGAGUUACUGCGCGUUCACAUAAAAGGGGGCGGUGACCAGAGUCAAACACUACUUGUGACGAUGGCACGGGCACCUUACUUCACGGAGGAGGAAUGCGCGAUGAUCAUGCGGAAUUAUGAGGAAUUAAAAUCCACCCUCACCGCGAAAUCCAACAACGCUUCGGCGAGUAGAGCGCAACGGGUCUGUUGACAGCGAAUUUACAGAUCGUGUGAUUUGUGAAUGCGUCAAUAUGCCAGUUUACUUAUGUCCAUGAAAAGAAAUAAAGCCUGCUGUCAGGACAAUAAAAUAAGAUUUGGUACAUUAACAGUAAGAAAUAAUUGUCACGCAUCACCACACGAAACAGGAUGAUUGUAUGUUUAGUCCCCUUGACUGUACGAAUACGUAUGUUUUUUUUUUUAGUUUGGGCCUAAAAAAUCCAGCCCGACUCGACCCGAGUCCGAUCAAUAAACUUGAUUUGCAGGCAACCAACCCCCCCCCCAAAAAAAAAAAAAAAAUUAUGUUAUAUUUGUGAGGACUCAGAAGAAGAAGGAAAUGCGGGGAUGCCAUGCGUUGUUGCGUAAAUAAAAGCCCGUCUUUUGUAACGAUUUUUCACAGUUAAACAAGACUGUAAGAUGCAUAUUCAAUAAACAUGUAUAUCUUUUAUAUUUGUGCGUCUGUCCUAUCAGUGGAUUUGACAUUUAAUUUAAUCUCCUCGAGUUGGCAGAAAAAAACGCAAGUUUUCUCAAUGUUUAAAUAGUCUACAUAUUUCUAUGAUUAUUAUAAAUGCAUCAAUUUGAAGCGUUUCCAUACCCCACUCCGAAUCGCACGGCAUACAGUGUUCUUACGCAGAUAUUCAGCAUCACCGAUGGAAUACAUAUAUUGUCCCUGGCGAAAGAGCGCACGGACAGGCACACACAAUCUGCGCGGUUGUGAGGGCCUGACUCGGCGGGUUACAUUAGUGACGUCUGCCUAGAUCAGUUGGCACAGGUAAAGAAUUCCCUCAGCUGAAAAUCUUUAUCUUUCAUGGAGAACAUCUUCCGGGUACGCCAGCGGAUUCUGGCGGUCCCGAAAUACCCGUGCCCUCCGGAGAGAGCCCCUCACAAUCCACGCGCCAAUGUCGUAUGGGUCGUCCAAGUACGCUGUCAUUGUCAGGAGGACACGUCCGCGGAGGAGUGCUGUUUAAAUAGAGCGUGGUUAAUUGGAAUCCUGAUGUUAAGCAAGAUCUAACUCUGACACGACCAGGUUUGGCGUGUGGCGUGUGUUGCCAUGGCAACACUUCUCGGUUCCAACAUAUCCACCUUUCGUAGUCUCGCAUAGCCGCGAACUUACGUCGCACGUGAUAAAGUUACUCUCGAAGUUACCCUGCUAAGCCAGAAAACCGGCUUCGUAGUAUAGGCCACAGGAGUCGGGACACCCCACCUCAUCCUCAAAAGAGGAAAUGUCUCCAAAAAAUAGACUGGAGCGGGAGGAGGGUAACCCGUGGCUCGAUAGUCACUGAUGAUUAUUAUAAAGCGAACUGCAAGGCAGGCAGGAAAGUUUUUGCAGUGUCUCACGGAGGUGUAAAACAGCAUACUGCAGGGGCCCUCCACAAACGGAAUAUAAGAUCCCAGAAGAGCCUUCGUCACAAUUCUUUGUCCCUGAAACAUCCCCUGAGCUUGAUUUGGUAUGUUAUUAUGCUCUUGUAUAUAGAUAACAUAUAGGCUAUAUUCAUAUUUACCUUCAUACAGUACAUCUUGCAUUGAUAGGAGCAUAGCUAGGCUAUUUCAGUAUUUUCAGGAAUGUUGAUUUUUUUUUUUUUUUUUUUUUUUUUUUUUUUUUUUGAAACAUGCAUUUAUUAUCAAUCAAUAUGGAAUGGAUUUAUAUACCCAUAAAGAACAUCUUAUUUUGUUACACUAACUAAUGCUCCUCAUUUGGAAUUAUUCCUAAUAGAUUAACAGCAAAUAAACACUGAAUAAAUAGUAUAUAUUUGCAGUAGGACUAUCUAUUGAUUGAUUAAUAGUGAUAACAAAAUUAAAGCAAUAAUUUGACAUCAUCGCACGCCUACCUUCUAAAUUACUGCAGCUGAGGUGACGCAGGUAUACCACACAGUAAAACGUGGCCAGAGCUACAAUAGUGCUGACUGUAGACACGGGCUCAAGUCAGAAGAUUUUGAUGUGAUUCCAAAAUGGUGAAGAAAAUGACUUAGGGGAGAACAAAUCAAGAGGCAUUGUUGAAACAAGUCCUGGGUUCAAAGGCAGUGGGUGAUGUGCUCAAGAUCUAAACGUCACCCAUCCCAUUCUCCAUACAGACCGAUGCCUCGAAUAAACUGAGCAGGAAUGUUUCCCCUUGCUGUCCAGUACUUCAGUCCAGAGUCUGGGGUCACCAACAAAAUGCUGGACUCGUCUGCAUUCUCAGACGAGUCAGCUGCUGCAAUUGUAGCUCUCCUGCAACAUUCCCUUAAGAAAUUUGGCUUGUCAAUGGAUCACGAGACCGGAUUCAGUGCCAACAACACAAAUGUUAAUUACGAUAUUCAUUUGCCUGGCUCUGCCAGACUAUUCUCCCUGUAUUUUUCAAACACUGAGAGAAAUAGUCUGGGAACCAUCCCAUUAACGGCCUCUCGAGCAGGAACAAAAUCAAUCGACAAAUCAGAUUCGUUUAUUUGCGUGAUGUGUUCUUAACGAGCAACGUCACUCUUGCGCAUCGAAAGUCGUCUCCACAACACAGUUGGUCAAUGGGAGAGCCGAGAAUAUGUUCCAAUCCACGGUAAAAUAAGUUUUAAAUUACCAAAAACACAUCGACACGAGUCAUUGACAACAGUCUGUCUCGCGCUAGCCAUGUUGAAUAAACUCCGCUCUCUUCGUAUGUUUACUUCCGCGCGCAAGUCCCUCGUCCUUCCCUCGUCAGUUUACUAACGUCACGUCUGCCCGUCGCUGAUUGGUCCACUCCGCUGUCUGUUUGCUGUGGCUUGCUCCGCCCUGGAAAUUGUAUCCGCUUGAAUGGUGGCCAGACUCAAUAGCUGGAACAGCGGUGAGUCUGGUGUACCAGGCAAAUAUUCAUAACUUCGUUUUCACUAACCUGCAGAAAAAAACAAAACAAUCUGCUGCAAGGAAACUGCCAUGCCAACAUAGUGCACAAUACAGUUUUCACAUCUAAAAAUAGAUACAUUUCUAUGCAUUUUAGGAGUUUUGGGGAUGCCCCUAUUUUUCGCCCGUAAGGCUUGAGGCAUGAGGGGGGCGUCCCUUAUUUCUAUUUCUGAAAGGUGGCAACCCUAUCCAUCACCAUUGCCAUUGCCGUCUAUGACCGGAGGACAACAAAAGGAAUUUGACAAGAGUCCCCCAAAACUGUACAUAGACAACACCACACCCCUCUAGUGGCUUGGCGGUGAAUUACAGAGCAACGCGUUCCCUUGACACAGAACUUCCAAUGCUCAUUGACGAUAUAGUGUCUACGCCGUCACCGCAACGCAGAAGCACAAUUCAGCCCUUAUGCUACCACAUUAUGUUAAUUUUGACAUUGAUGAAAACUCUUGAAAUGAUUUCUUUGUCUCAUUUUAUAUCACAGGAACUUGAACAGAGUGCGUACUUUUAAACGCAAUGUAAAAGUUUAAUCUUCCUUUGUACUAUAAACCUCACUUUGUCUCAAGCUACGCAUGAAGUUACUGUAAAUUGAACUGUGUAAAUGUGCCAUAAUCACACAUAUCACUUAGCGUUGUGUUUGUCAUGAUUUAACAUGAAAAUUUAAUCUUGAAAUAAGUUCACAUAGUAACGUGACGAAAAGUGAUACACUGUUCCUAUUACUAGCCUUUUUUUGUGGGAAAGUAUUUGUUUUUUUCCUGCUACCACCCACGUGGAAAACAGCAGCAUUUUGACAUGUAUCGAGAACUGCCACUGUUGUGCACUUUUUGUUUUGUAAGUUCCUAACAUCAUCGGAGAAGCUGUUUAUGACAAGAUUUUUUUUUCCCCCACUUGAGAGACUACUGCCUUGUCGUUGCUGAUUUAAACCUCAUACUCAUGGCGAAAUGUAUACGAGUCCCUCUUUUCAUCCAAAAGACAAAAUCUUGUUGGCUUAAAGUUUGUGGUUCUCUUAAUUCAAAGGGAGGACAAAGAAACGUUCGGAAAAGAGAGGUUGCCAUUAUCGCUCUGAACUAUUUCUUCUGAGUUAAUGACCAGAAUAUGCUGUAUGUCUUCUAAUAUUUUGUUGCAAUGUUCCUGGAAAUAAUUUGGUAUACCUUGAAUUAGCAACAUGUAGCAUUUAGCACAAUCUGUGAAAUAGCACAAGUGUCUGCAGUGGCUUCAUGAUUAAUAUCACAAAACGCAUUUAUAUGAUUUGUUCAUAUCUUUAACAGCCUUAUGCAUACAGUAUAGGCCUACAUACUGUAAAAAAAAUAUUUCAAAUUGUGCGCUUAAAAAAAAAAACAGUGGUCUGCACAUAAAUGCAUAUUUUUGUUGUUGUUGUUUUUACAAACACUUCAUUAAAAUCACCUAGGUUUCAAGUUGUCUCGUUGAAAACACAGUAUUUUAUUCAAUGUUGUAUUUGUAAUGUUUAUUAAAACUAGAGGACCGCAGUGGUGAGCAGGGACUCGUCAUCUCCUAACUGAUUAACACCAGCUUUGGAACGUCCUGGUUUUACUGCUUAUUACCAUGACUUUCUAUGAAAUGAUCAAAUAAACAUUUCCUAAAUGAAUUGUCUUUUCGUUAUGUGAAAUAAAAAUGUUAGGUGCUAUCACAACCUGUCUGCUGUUUUUGAACUCUUUCCCGACACUUGACUUUUCCUGCAUGCUCACAUACUGUACACAAUC